AUGUCCUCAUACAGACCGCACAGAUCUUACCAUUUCCCUGAUGCAAAUCAGCAUGUCACGGGUACCUCUGAGGGCAUGGACACCCAGCUAGACGACUGGUCAGUUGAUGUCCAUAAUGAAGAUGAUAUGGAUACUCGGUCUGGCAGGUGGUCGCCUGCUUUCUUCGAUUUUGAUUGGGAUCAGGCCAUGGCAAACUACACUCCGGGCAUGACAAUCGAAUUAAGUCUACCCAAUGUUCCCUCAGUCUCAAAGCUGAGUUCGUCUUUCUCUACAAAGUGCACUGUAUCGCCACCACAAGUGGUCCCCGAUCGAUUCGGAAGCCUGCCAUGGUUUGCUCUCGAAGAAAUUCUCUUCCACUUGCCAGACUUGACUACGCUGCAUCAAUUGUGUCAAGCUUCGCCAGCUGUGUAUCAGUAUCUCGGGGACAAAACCGGGGUUUUUCCAAACGUUGUGGAAAAGAUCACGGAUUCGUGGAUUGAACCCUACAGCAUGGAGCCCAGCUACACCAACCCCCGCGCCCUACUCUACAAAAUCCUGCGCCAGCCUGAUAGAGGUUACGACGAAGAUACACGCGCUCUCUUUCGAACUCUCGUAUACCUGUGGUGGAAAGAGGAUGCGGUGGCCAGAGGUGUGCCUGCGGAUGGGAACCCGGUGCCGAAUGAUUUCAACAAUAGCUUCCUUUACAACCUCAAUAUCGGUGGAGGUAGCUGGGACCCGCCCACAACCAUCGGGGAGGUUCCUCUCCCAGCUUCAACCCCACCAAAGAUUUUGCGCCACCUUAUUAGCCUGGCGAGUCGAAUCCGGACGGAUGCCCAUGCCUUCUUCCACGCCGCCAUGGGGCAUUUAAAGACUAGAAAGAUCAAAGAGCUCAAGUACAAGAAGGCGCCUUGGAAACAAAAUGGGACCUCGCUCCCUAAUGCCAUUGCGGUUGACAACAGUGGAGGGGAUUGGCCUCUCUCUUGGUUGGAGGAGCAGCGGCUGACGCUGGCCCUCCUCAAGCCGUACGUUUUCUCAGUACUACGCCGUGUUGUCUGCGAGAAAAAGAUAUUGACAACCAACGCCCCUACUCCUUAUCCCAUCAGACCGCACUAUUCAACCACGCUCGAGGACCUGGAGAAGAAUGCACUGGUGGAUUACUGGAGACCUUUUACACACUUUGACGAAACGGAGAGCGCACCGCUUGAACAGCUUGAGACUAUCAUCACCUGGAGAGACACACAAAUAUGGUUGAACGGAGAACUACGCAAGCAAAACCCCAAGUUCGCAACCUGCUGCCGGGAGUUUAGGGGGUUGAGCCACAAGCAAUUCAGAACCGGAUUGGUAAAUCUCCAACAUAAAACGCUUUCGGCAGUGUUUGUAGCACAGAAUUCUACUCACCCACUUGUAAGAGACGCUGGUCUUCGCGGAAACUUCCACAAGUUCGGCGUAAGCUUCUGGGACAACGAUAGAACGAUUGCCUUGGGGCUCGCGAUUGAGAAGAUGCACCGGGAAGUCGACUUGAAAGAUCUCGCGUGUCGUUGGUUGACUCUACUGCUGUCUACAAAAUGCUCCAGAGGGUCUGGCCAGAAAAGGCCGAAUAAAUUCCGCAGCGGUCUAACGGCUAUUCCGGUAGACAUGUAA